AUGACUGGUUUUGUAAAAAUCGCUAUUGAUGACAUCUACUCUGAUAAUAAUUGGACAACAAUUAUUAAUAAAUACUGGCUGCUGGCAGAGAGAGUAUCAGAUCCUCGUGUUCAAGGAUGGUUCCUCUUCGACUCGCCCAUACCGACCCUUGUGAUGGUCCUAAUGUAUCUCGGGUUCGUGCUUGUGGUUGGACCAAUGUGGAUGGCCAACCGGAAGCCGUUCAAAAUAAAAGGCAUCCUAGUGACUUACAACGCUGCUCAAGUGCUUCUAUCCAGUUAUAUGUUUUAUGAGCAUUUGAUGUCAGGAUGGUGGGCCGACUACAGCCUUACGUGUCAGCCUGUUGACUACAGCAAUAGCGAAACAGCCAAAAGGAUGCUCCAUCUCUGCUGGGUUUACUACUUCUCCAAGAUCUCAGAGUUCGCGGACACCGUCUUCUUCGUCUUGAGAAAGAAGAAGAGUCAAAUCACAUGGUUACAUAUCUACCACCACUCUCUUACGCCAUUCGAAGCUUGGAUGCUUGUUAAGUUCAUUGCUGGUGGUCAUGGAACAUUCUCAAACAUCGUCAACAACUUGGUACAUGUAAUAAUGUACGCAUACUAUAUGUUAGCAGCCAUGGGCCCACAGUACGAGAAAUAUUUGUGGUGGAAGAAAUAUCUCACUACCAUGCAGUUGAGCCAGUUCUUCUUGGUGUUAUUCCAUUCAAUAAGCGCCUUGAUCUGCGAUUGUGGAUAUCCAAAGAUCAUCGCGUCAGGGCUUAUACUACAUUCAUCAAUAUUCAUUGUCCUCUUCAUGAACUUCUACAUGCAUGCCUACAAGCCCGAAAAGCCGAAACGCCGAGUCGACUCUUGCAACAACGAUAUACCCAGUGACCAUGCUACAAGCAACGGUCAUGUUAAAUCAGACGUUAAUGGUCAUGAAUAUAAUUUGAACGGUUCAAUAAAUGGAGUAGCUCUUGAUCUAAACGCCAGAACAAAUGGAAUUAAUGGUAUUGUAAGACAUAAGACUGAAAAUGUUAUUUCAAAAGGAAGUCUGGAGAGCACGUGCGAAAGUAAUGCUUUAGUAAACGGAGAAAUCAAAGAAAAAUUACUAUAA